GGCCAAUAUAUAAAAUAUAUAAUUUUCUGAAUUUUCAAAAAUUAUAUAACUUUAUGUUAUGAUGUGAUAAUAGGUGCGAUUAAAAUUUAUCGCUUAAUGGGUACUUAACUAGAAAUGUUUCAAAUUCAGAAAAAAAUUCACAAAAAUGUUAAAAUUAACUUUAUUAAAAAACACACUUUUAGUUAACGAAAAAUAUGCAGCUAGUUUAAUUCAGAAGAUCAAUUAUUCAUUAAAAGUAGAUCAUGAGGUUUUAGUGGAAGGUCCUAUUCAGUUGUUAGAAGAGAAAAUAAAGUCAAAAGAACUACAGAAUGAUCCAGUACAAAGGAGAAUAGCAUAUCAACUUCAAAAUUUGUAUAAAAAUAUCAAUGGCUAUGAACCACCUACUGGAGCCAACAUUUUUAGUAAAUGGUUUGGUGGUGGUAAAAAAGAAGCUCCAAAGGGAUUAUAUAUUUAUGGAGCAGUUGGAGGUGGUAAAACAAUGUUAAUGGAUUUAUUCUUUGAUAGUUGUACAAUAGAACAAAAAACUAGAGUUCAUUUUAAUGCCUUUAUGGUAGAAGUUCAUAGAAAAAUGCAUGAAUUAAAACAAGAAAUAGUAGUUGAUUAUACACAAAGAAAACCAAAACCUUUUGAUCCCAUUCCACCAGUUGCUGACAAAAUUAUACAGAAGUCCUGGUUGAUAUGUUUUGAUGAAUUUCAGGUAACUGAUAUCGCCGAUGCGAUGAUAUUGAAAAGGUUAUUUACCAAUUUAUUUGAACGGGGUGCUGUGGUAGUCGCUACCAGUAAUAGGCCACCGGAGGAUCUGUACAAAAACGGUUUACAAAGAUCCAAUUUUGUGCCUUUUAUUGGAAUCUUGAAGAAACAUUGCGACGAAGCCAAUUUAGACUCAGGAAUAGAUUAUAGAUUAAAAGCUAUUGGAGCUAAAACGAAUUAUUUCGAAAAAUCCAAAUAUAAACUGGACCCAAUUGUACAAAUUUUCAAGAUUCUUACAGCUAAAGAGAACGAUGUGGUUCGUAGUAAAACUUUCACAAUUAUGGGAAGAAAUGUUGAUUUCAGGAAAGUGUGCGGAGGUGUAUUAGAAACUUCCUUUGAAGAGUUAUGUUGCAGACCACUUGGAGCAAACGAUUACUUACAUUUGACCCAAUUUUUCCAUACGAUUAUUAUAAGAGACGUACCGAGGAUAGAUCUUAAUAAAAUGAGAUCAGAAGGAAGAAGGUUUAUUACGCUUAUAGAUGCCUUGUAUGAUAACAAAACGAAGGUGAUCCUUUCAGCGGAUGCCCCUCUAAAAGAACUAUUUUACGUACCGACUGUAGCCCCUGAUGAAAUUAGAGACGAAGACAGAAUGUUGAUGGACGAUUUAAAAAUGGGCGAAAAGGAUUUAACCGCAAAUAUUUUUACGGGAGCGGAAGAAAUAUUUGCCUUCGAUCGGACGUUGUCGCGCUUAAGUGAAAUGCAAAGCGAAGAUUAUUGGGGCAAGAAAAAAUGAUCUCUGGCUUAAGUACUUAAUUUUUAAUUUAAGAAAUGUAGUUACCACUAAUCACAGACAAUAAUUAAUUCCACACCUAAGUAACGGAUUGUUAACUUUGGCAACGCCUGAAAUAUUGUUAAUAACUUUUUUUUGAUUAACUUUAUUUGGGAUUUUCAAUUUAAUUAUUUAUUCUGUAAGAGAUUCAAUAUUAUUAUGAUUAUGUUAUUAUCAUUAUAUAAUAAGAAAUAAAUAAAAAAAAUCUAAAACGACAAAGGCAUUAGAAAUACCUAGCGACCCGCAAAGUUAACUCGUAGUUAAGUAUAAAAUUAACGAACGUUUGUGAAACCGGUUGUAGGAUGUUCAAAUUAAUUUUACUUAAAAGUCAAUUUAAUUUCAUUCCAUUUAGCUUAUAGCCAAAUUAUUUAACAGCCAAUGCUAAACAAGCAAUUUCAAUUGCAAAAACCGUUCGCGUGUUUUAAAUAAGAGUUUUGCUGAUUAUGUAGUUUGCUAAAUUAUUAAAUAACACCAAUACAUCCCACGACCAUCAAUUAAUUUUUAACGAUGUUAAAAACGAACGAAAUUAAAAACAAAAUGAACCUGUAAUAAAUUCACUGUUUAAAUAAAUAUUCCGUAUUUGUACUAUGGCAAUAAAAUAUUAAAACCAAUAAACGAUAACUUGUUGAGCAGUGCUGGUUGAAACAACAGAGCAGUAGAAUGUUAUUCAUAAAGGUAGUGUAAAAUAUAUCGCCGCUUAUCUGGUCCGCUAGUAAUAAAGUUACCAGCAUUUAAUUGCAAAGCUGU